UAUAACACGUUUUUCCAUUUUGUUUCUUCAUUUUCUCAAAAUUCCUUCUCACUCUACAUAAAUUCUUCUCUUAAGCCCUAAUUUGUGAAUUAGAAAACGAUCAGUCUCCGAUUCCACUAUAAUGGACGACAUCGCGAAAUUCCUUGAUGAAGACGAGGAUGAAACAGCGCAUUCCCCGGCGGACGUGGAGGCUUACGCAGUAGGAUUUGGCAGACUAUUAGAAGGGGAUACUUCGACAUUGCAGCAGCUCUGUGAUCGAAAUGCCGGAAGCAGUGCUACUUCCGAUCAUGCUGGCAAUGCUACUUCCCAAAGCGGUCAAGAUAUUAUGUCUGCGAGGGAUAGCUCCUCUCAUGCCUCCUCCUCAAUAAUUGCUAGUCCACACAUGACAAAUAGUAGUCAACAGCCCGGUACCAUAUCCCAAUCGAAAAAUAUGGUUCCCAUUGCCAGACUGGUUUCCAUCAUACAACCCCAACUUGACCAGGACAGAGCUUUGAUACUUCCGAAUCUUUUCUGGAAUCUAAAGAGAAAGGAGAUUCAUGUAGAUGUAUUUUUACAGCGUAUGAGAAGUCUUGUUGGAGACCAGAUGUUACGAGUGGCCCUACUCAAUCUGAAGGAAAAUGAAAACCAGGGUGCUACUAACUCACAGAUUGCUGCUCUCAAUCAAGUUCAGUCAGCACAACUUCCAACAGAUGUGAGCAUAAGCGACAAUGAUGCAGCAAAAUCACGUGAGGCGGAGUGGGAAGCAGAUUUGCAUAUAGCACAAGUAGGCCAGAUGUCAACCUCCAGUUCAGGUGCUACAAUUCAUGGGAGAAACCAUCCUGCAUAUCCAGCACAGGGGCAUAAUAAGCAGCAGCAUAUGCAAUCCACACUGGGAUCUUUUUCAACACGUGUAAGUACCUGGAGAAGUAGGCAGUUAUCCACAACAACUGGAGCUGUGCCUAAGAAUAUUCUAGCUGGGAAUACGACAAACAUGAAUCCCAACAUAGCGGCGCUACAAAAUCAAGCCCAGCGGCCAUCAUCCACCAGCGAAAAGCAGAAAACUACUGUUUCUCCAUCCAUGACUCAUUCAAGCACUCGGCUGCAUCCUCUGACCACUACUGUUGGUACUCAAAAUAAAUCAAAGGCUCCCCCCGAAAAGCCUCCUCUGGCUGGCCAGAAGAAGCCAAUGACAGCAUAUUGUUCUUUACCUACAUCAAGUAAGAAGCAUAAAGUGUCGGAAUCCCUUGCUGAUCAAUUUCAAAGCAUCGAGCAUCUCAACGAUGUUACUGCAAUAAGCGGAAUCAAUCUCAGUGAGGAGGAGGAACAACUCUAUUCAGGAUCCAAGAAAGACAGCCGGGUUUCAGAGGCAGCUCGACAGAUAGAAGAAAAGCUGAUAUUACAGAAGAUUCCACUUCAGAAAAAAAUGAUUGAGAUAAUGGCGAAAUCUGGUUUGAAGAAUAUGACUUCCUGGCAGUUGCGAAGUCUGGAGCAAUGCUUAUCCUUGGCUGUGGAAGAGAGAAUGCACAGAAUCCUAUCAACUGCUAUCAAAUUUUCAAAACAGCGAGUCGAUAUGGAGAAGACAAGGCACGGGAUCACUGUCACCUCUGAUGUUCGGAAAGAGGUCAUGGCCAUAAAUCGUAAAGCUCGUGAAGAAUGGGAAAAGAAACAGGCUGAAAGUGAAAAGUCACAGAAACUGAAGAAAGUUAACAUGGACGAAGUUAACAAAAUGCGGGCAAAAGCUGCAAAUGUUGCUGCUGGAGUUGCUACUGGAAUAAACGAUAUUACAUCAAGAUGGAAGUUAAUGAUUGAGGCCAAGCAGAAAGAGGGCAGAUAUCACACUUCAUCUGGUCCUCAUACUAACAGAGACGAGGGACAAAAGCCUCUAGCAUCCUCUACUAACAGAAGCGUGGGACGAAAGCCUCUAGCAUCAUCUACAACAAGCACAAGAGAUCAAGCUAUCAAACCACCACAGGUGGCUCGGACCAUUUCAGUUAAGGAUGUGCUUGCCGUGUUAGAAAGAGAGCCUCAAAUGUCAAAAUCGGCACUGCUGUACCGCUUAUAUCUGUCAUAAGGCCAGUUAUGCUAUUCUGUUGAAAGAUGUCCACUUUUGGAAUUUCACUUGCACAGAGAGAUGCUGUUGUGAUUAAUUUCAUUAUAGCGUUGUAUAGAAUUAGCAAUAAACAGAUUGGAUUCUUUGAUUUUACUUAAAAGUUAAAACUAGUUUUGGCA